AUGAAAGAAUGCGAUCGACAGCAUCGAGUUGCAUCGCAGUUCAUUUUCACGACAUAAGAUCUAUCGCGCUCGCGAUCGCCAAUAAUAAGACACUUCUCGUCGGCAUAAAAAUAAAUCGGGCGCAAUGUUAUGACGCUGCCAACGAGUCGUCUAUGACGACAAUGACAAGGAGAGGUGAACGAAAAUUCAACGAUGAAAAUUGUAAAAAAAUCACUCUUGGCAGUUAACAGAUUAACGACCGUUCACAUCAAGAUAUAAAUAAAAAAACUAUCUGUGUAAAUUAUGUGGAAUGUCUACCGCCUCAUUUAUGUAUAUAUAUAUAUAUAUAUAUACAUAUAUAUAUAUAUUUAGAUACAGACAACACAUACAAAAGAACUCGGAAAACAAAGGACAUCUCGACCGAUGUUUAAAAACGUCGCCAAAAGAGCAGGCCGAGGGUUUAAAUAAAAUAAAAUCGAGUGCCAAGUUCUUGGUUGAAAUUUACAAUGACAAUGUUCUGCCGUAUUUUCUUUUGGUUAACCUCGAUUCAUUACUUUUAUUAUCUUUUUCAUGAACUUGAAGUCUUUAAAAACUUUUAAAAAUAAAAAGAAACGUUUUAUUUAAAAACGUUCAUGAUCGUCGUACGGAUUCAAACGAUCGUAGUGCCAUCUGCCUUGAAAAUGGCGGAACAGAUAUAUGUAACUCACUCAUACGUAACUCUCUCGACUAACUCACCGACCGUGGCCACUCUACAAAAUAACAAUUCAAACGCAACCGAAUUAAUCGUCUUCGAUCACACGUAUUUGUUCCUAGUGCGUGUCGGCGCGUAUGCGUGUGUGUGUGUGUGUAAACGACGUUCACGGACGUGCAUUUAUGAUCGUUGUGCAAUCUCGUUCUAGCUGUCAUCGAAUUGUCCAAUAAAAGCUAGACGUGGAACGUGUAAACCUUUACUUUUCCGACGUUGAAUUUAAACGAAAAGAACGAAGGAAAAAUAUACGUGACAUACGAUAUUUCAUAUUGUAUAUCUCUUAAAAAAAAAAAAAAAAAAAAAAAAAAAAAAAAAAAAAAAAAAAAAAAAAAAAAGUUUUUUUUUUUGUAAUAAAUUUAAAAUUUCAUUUUUUUUUUAAUCCAUCUUUUUAAAUAGCCAAACAAUCACAUUAAAACAUAGAUCUUCUUAAAAAAUGUUUUCAACAAAAUGUUUGACAAUUUUUAUAUAAGCAAAAAUUCUCCGUGAUUUAUCUUAAUGAAUGAAGUUUCAUCACGGUAUGAUAUAAAACACUUUACACACGUACGAACUUAUUAAUGAUAACAUUAUUAUAAAAUUACGUAAGUUUUCUCCUUUUUUUUUUUUUUUUUUUUUUUUUAAUGAAAUUUUCUACUACUUCGAAGGAAAUAAGAAAAGAAAAAGAAACCGCUGCCAUUUUUUCUCCUAAUAUACCGCCGAAUUCAAAAUGACACCACGAAAGUAAUAAAUAAAUAAAAAAUAAGAAAAUAAAAAGAAAAAAAAAAAAAAAAAGAAUUGAGAUAAAAUAAAAUUCGAAGGGAAUACAAUGGAUUAUAAGAUUUGACAAUAAAUUUAAUCUUAAGUCGAAUAAUAAAGUAAAACGAUAAAAAUUAAUUGUCCAUAAAUCGAUCUCAGUCAUAUAAAUAAGUCGAAAUAAAAAUGUAUUUAAAAAAAUGUUGUUACUCUUUGAUCUAUUUAUCGCUUAAAUCGUAAACUAUACCAGUCGGAUUAAUUUCGUAAAAAUUGCAGCAUUACAUCAGACGUAAAACUAUCGAUGUUAAUUAUUCGCUAGAGCAUAACCAUUAUCACCAUCGUAAUUUUUGUAUUCGUUGUUUUCAUCACGUACGUGUUUAUAUGUAUGUUUUAUGUAACAAAGAAAGAAAGAAAGAAAUAGAUAGAUAGAUAGAUAGAUAGAGAGAGAAAUAGAGAGAGAGAGAGAGAGAGAGAGAGAGAGAGAGAGAAAAAGAGAUGAACGAGUAACGAGAGACGCCGUAUUUCCAACGACUCAACGAAGCAAAUGCCGGCGACAUUCUGUUCGUGUUCUUUCUACGUCGGAAUUCCAACGUUGGCGCGCGUGGCGCCGACUUUAACCUUUUCGAUGCUCCAGACACGACGAAUAAGCUUUGCAAAAAAUGUUUACGCGAAUACGAAAUGACGCAUGUAUGUAUGUAUUAUGUACGAUAAGGGAAAUUGCUUGUAAAACAUCUAAAUUAAUGACGUAAAAAGAUAAAGAUUCUUUAUAUUUCAUAAAGAACGAUAUUUACAUUUACAUUAGUACAUUGCGUCAUAGUUCUUUUUUAUGUUUUGAAUCAAUUUCUUAAAUAUUCCAAAAUUGGAUGGAACAAAAACAAUGGAGGAAAUAACUCGUUUCGUCUUAAAAUAUUCUCUCUUAACGGAUUUUGAAAAAUUAAAAUCUUUUGAAAUUUAAUAUACUAAAUUACCAAAUAAAAAAAAAAACAAAUGAUAUCCCCCUUAUUUCGUUAAUCAAAAAAUAUACUUUUAUAUAGUUUUGUGCUAUUGAAAAAAGAUAUUGAAAUUGAUUAGCUGGAUAGAAAGAUUGCAACAACGGUAAAAAUAUAAACGAAUUUUGAUCACGCUUCUGUGGCAGGAGUUUCGGUGUACGAUCAAAGCUCCGAACCCUGGAAACGAACCAACAAACCAUCGUGCUAUUCCCAUAAGAAUGCGAAAUGGUAAACGAAUACCGUGGCACGUUUCAUGUUACAUCUUGGUUCCAUUCCCAAUGAUAUUACACAUCGACAGAAUAUUUCAUAAACAUAAAAUAUAUUUUUCAAAGAUGUUAUAUCAUUUAAUCUUAAAGCAUUUCUUUUAGUUUUCACUCGACUCGAAUUAACUAAGAUAAACUAAAGAUAAACCAGAAAUGUUAUUGGUCCGUGGGAUUGACCAAUCGUUGCAAGGGACAUGCAAAAUUGAGGGAAAAUAAGAUAACCUGAUAAUGUAGAACGUAAGAGGUUAAUAAAUGUCGAUAACGUAGCGAUAAAAUGAAGGUGCAAAAUCAAACAUUUUCUUUAUCCUUCAUCUAAAAGGAUCCCAAACACCGUUUACCGAGAAUGUUCUGUGCUUUGCUACGUAUCGUGACAGGCCGGCCUCAUGACUAUACACGGGAGAACAUCAUCAUCGUAGGAAUGCGAGAACAAAAUUGCAGAAUGUUCCGUUGCUCGAUUAAUUUUAAGCAUCUUAAACCUACGACAUGUAAAGAAGCGAUUCAAAGAUGGGAAGAAAAAACGGGAUUGAAUGCUGCCGAAGCAAAAGAGGUCAUUUUAUCGUUUCAAUGGCCACCAAUUGAAAAAAUGGAUAAUAGUUUGGCUGUUUUGGCCAAUGUAGUGAAAUUAUCUUUAUCCACUAAUAUGAUAGAAAGAAUCAGUGGCAUUAAUUCUUUAAAAAAUUUAAGAAUUUUAUCCGUGGCUCGUAAUUCUAUCAAAAGUUUUUCCGGAUUAGAGGCGGUAGGAGAUCAUUUAGAAGAAUUAUGGAUAUCGUAUAAUACAAUAGAAAAAACCAAAGGUGUGAACGUGCUUAAGGCCCUCAAAGUUCUUUAUAUUGGUAAUAAUUUAAUACGAGAUUGGGUAGAAUUCAAUCGUUUUCAAGAAAUUCCUAAUUUAGAAGAUCUAUUAUUUAUAAAUAAUCCCUUAUGCGAAACCAUGGAUACUGAGACAUGGCGUAUUCAGGUCAUGAAAAAAUUUCCAAAUUUGAAGAAACUUGAUUCGAUUCCGAUAGUGUAUGUGUUAGAGAGAGAGAGAGAGAGAGAGAGAGAGAGAGUUACGCAUUAUAAUAGAUUAGAAAAAGGAAUAAAACUCAAAUAUUUUUUUAGGCGUGCUGCUGACGAUUUUUAAGAUGCAUUACAUCGGAUGAAAUAAAAUUGAUCAAAGAACAAAAUAUAAAACAUGUAUUUACAUGUUGUAUCCUAAACCCAUGAUAAAAAUGUAUUACAAUA